UCAGAAGAAAUUGUAAAGUCAGAUUGGAGGAAGUUGAGAGAUUCCCAUCGUCAAGCUUUAUACAGAAGAAAAACAAAACGUGGCCAAAGGGAAAAAAAUCACUUUCCAUGGAAGUAUGAACGGGAAUGGAGUUUCUGCUCCCUACAAUGGGGCAUGGAGAAACCGACACAAACAUCCCUUCUCCAUCUGAAAAAAGUCGCGACAAAACAUUAGAAAAUGAGGAUGGAGAACACGAUGGUGACUAUGAAGAACAAGAUAUCCAUACCGAACCUUCAGCGGAACCCGGCCCAAGUUUUAAGCGGAAGAGAAGGAGAGUUAAAGCCAGAGGUGCAGGAAAUGUUAUCCAAUUCAUGGAGGAAAAGGAAACGCAGAGGGAGCACAAAAAAAACUUUGACGAGCUGGAUUUAUUUUUUGCCAGUAUCUCACAAACUGUACACAAAUUGCCACGUUCAUACCAAAUAAAAGUUAAAAGGGAGAUUUUAGACUGUGUGAGUUCAGCUGAGGAAGAAUGGGUAAUUCCUGGAGGCAAAGAUUUGACAUCAGUCCAUACUUCUCAGUCUCUCCGAGCACCACUCAACCGUCAACCAUCUCGCAGAGUAUCUUCGUACACCUUCCCGCCCUCUCGUUCUAUACUUCCGCCCGCCAAAACUUUGUACGAAGAAAGUACUUCCGAUUUUGAUUCUUAAAAAAUAUACUAUUGAGUUAUCUGAAUUAAUUCUUACCAAGUCCUAGUUAUAUUAUACAGUUACUCCAAUAUCUUAGAAACCAUCCAUCAAAAAGUGUACUUGCAGGUUCUUCAACUAAGGACUCUUCCGAUACAUUUCAUAUACUUUGGCAGUCAGUAAGGCAGUUAUGUGCCUGAUUUUUUUACACCACCUUGCAAUAUAUCUUAAACAAAUAGUAGCAAGUUAACAUGUUUCAACGUGAAGAAGUAGAGCUAUUUGCAAUUGGACCUUGUGUGUUUGUUUCUACUUGUCUGUUGUGUAUUCGACGUUUACAGAGACAUCCUGUUUACUACUGACUUGUUUCCAAACUUUGUUUUGAAGUUAAAUCGGCAAAGCGUGAUUUAUUUUUUACGCAAGAAACACCUCUUUACAUCAAGUUCCUAUUUCUAGAAUAGCCUGUUUUGCUGUUCCAUUAAAUUUGUAAGAAAAGUUCUGGGCUUAUGUUCAUUAAUACUACAAGUAAAUUGUACAAAUGUAAUGAAAGAUGAAUUCAAACUCU